CUUAUAAACAUGACGUUUUAUUUCAGAGUAAAAUGACGACUAUCAAGUUUUCUUCGUCAUUGUCCGGAGAUCCUGAAGAUCUACUGCAGCAGGCUGUUCACAUCUCAGAUGGAGAUACAGAUGAAGAAACAGGGCCCCCGUUGGAUGGAAUGGCAUAUUUAAAACAAGUUAUUAAGGAGAGACGACGGAUCCCUGGCACAGUUACAGCAAUGAUUGAUCCUGUUAGAAUACAGAAACCUGUGACAGGAUCCUCUUUCUUCAUUGGUUCGUCUAGAUCCAAACCUUCAGUGUCUGCUGAUAACUGUCCGAGUGUGAGGUGGCAGAACCAACAAACAGCCGAGUUUAGUGAUGUCAGGUUGAAGUUGGCCAGGCAUUGUAAACUUCUAAGAUCUAAGGGAGAGAGUAUCCAGACAUUAAAGUUACCGGAUAAAGAAAAUGAGAUGCUCUGGUGUCUAUUCCUCUACGGAUCAUCAGUAUGGAAACUGGUUGUUGAAACUAGGAAAACAUUGGAGGAGGAAGAAUCUAAUGACGAGGACGAUAAAUUAGAUAAGGACGGGAAAGACGAGAAGGAAAAGAAGGAUAAGGAGAAUGAUGAAGAUUCUGCUCAAAUCCUGUCAACGGUUCUGGAGAAAAGUAAAUAUGGAACUGAACCCAAUCUCAAGGUUGUUCUAUCUAUGCCAGUUCACUUGGUAGAACGGAUUCUAGAAUAUCAGGUGGCCUGGUUACAGUUAACUGGCUGGAGAGCUGAGUAUGGGGCCUGGAUCUACUCCCUGCUCUCCAGGAUUGAGAAACCUUUAAAUCCAGAUCUUGGGUCCGUUCUAAGAGAUCUUGCUCUGUUUUGCAGCCAGGAGAGGAAUAAGCUCUUGGAAAAAUCCGCGAAAGAAUCCAAAGAAAAUCACGAAAAUAAGGAUGGAGAAGAACAGCCUGGUGAUAAAGACAUAGCGGCAUUUAAUCUGUUUAUCUGUCUAGUUUCCAGAUACUUUGACCAGGCUGACCUCGCUGAUACAUCCUCAUGACCUCCCUAAGGGUGACCUCAAAAAUACUACUUUAUGACCUCCCUAAGGGCACCCUCAUAACCUUCCUUCUACCCGCAAACAGGCUACCAAACCAAACUGUGAUUUUUUUCAGAA